UUGCUAUAAUAAUAACACGACUGGAGGAACAAAGCAAUUUAUGAUUUUUACAGGGAUUAUAAACAUUCUUAUAUCAGCCCAUUUUUAGAUAAAUAAACAUGGAAAAAUCUGAAUGUAGGACCCGAGGAAUUUUCGCUUUUAAAGACGAUAAAACCCUGCCAGAUCCAGUAUUUGAAUACUCAAAUGACAACAAUGGUGUACCACUUGUAAUAGACAACGGAGUAUAUAAAUGCAGAGCUGGAUGGGCUAGUUUAGAACAACCACAACUUGUUUUUAAGAAUAUCACUGCAAAGCAAAAGGGGAAAAAGGAACUGGACAUUCAAGUAGGCAAUGAAAUAAACAAUGUAGAGGUGGUCAAAUGGAUACUAAGAACACAGUUUGACAGGAACCUGGUCACAUUGUAUGAUGUACAGGAGCAGAUCUAUGAUUACAUAUUUGCUCACCUUGGCAUCAACAGUGAGGGUUGUGUCAAUCACCCAAUAGUAAUGACAGAGGCAUUGUGUAACCCAGGCUACUGUCGACAGCAAAUGUCUGAGUUGCUGUUUGAGUGUUACCAUGUUCCAUCUGUGGCCUAUGGGGUGGAUUCACUGUUCAGUCUAUAUAAUAACCAGGACAUUACGGACCAGACACACUCUCUAAUCUUGGGCUGUGGUUAUCAGACCACUUCUCUCAUCCCCAUUGUGGGAGGGAGGAUAUACUCUGCCCAUUGCCGUCGGAUCAAUAUGGGUGGGGCACAGCUUGAUGCAUUCAUGCAGAGACUCCUUCAGCUUAAGUACCCAGGUCACAUGGCAGCCAUCACCCUGAGCAGAGCAGAGGAGCUAGUUAGAGACCAUUGUUACAUGGCAGAAGAUUAUAUUAAAGAAUUAGAGGAUUGGACUGACAAUGAUUAUUACGAGAACAAUGUUACCAAGAUACAACUACCAUAUAAUGCUGCAGUAAGUGGGAGUCAACUGACAGCUGAUCAGUUAAAGGAAAGGAGAGAACAGCAAAUCCGUCGACUGAAAGAAUCAAAUGCCAAAAGAAGACUAGAAAAGGUUCAGAUAGAAGAAGAAAAGUUAAUGGAACUUAUCAGUGUUCAGGAGCUUCUAGAAGAUGAAGAUGAUGAAGCAUUCAAUAGGGCCCUUUCCUCACUACCAUUUGAGACAGCUGAAGAAUUACAGGUGGAGAUCACCAAAUUAACAAUGUCUAUACAGAGAAUGAAAGCUAAAAUCAAAGGUGUCAAUCUUCCUUUUGAUGAAGAGACUAAGAAGCCAGCAGUUUAUGAUAUGAUUGACAUACCUGAUGAUCAGUUAACACCAGAUCAAAUAUCCAUCAAGAAGAGACAGCGAAUGCUUAAAAACGCCCGAGAGGGACGCAUGAAGGCCCAGGCAAUCCAGAGGGAAAAGCAACAAAAAGAAAUGGAAGAAGAAAGGAAACUUGAGCAGAGAAGACUGAAAGAUUUUGAUGGUUGGUUACAUUUAAUCAGAGAGAAAAGAAGGAAACUUAUGGAGAUUCGUAAUGCAAAAAAGCAGAGGAAGGCAGACCUGGCCAAGAGAAGGACUUAUGCCUCACAACAAAGGAUGAAAAUGAUCACACAACUAGUCUCUGGUGGAUCCAAGAAAAAGAAAGAAGAUACUUUUGGUCAAAAUGAUGCCGACUGGGAAGUCUACAAAGAAAUUCACCCGGAGAAUGCCGACAGUGACUCUGAGGCAGAGGAAGAUAAACUUGAGGAGUUGGAAACGCUGCUCAAGGAACAUGACCCAGAGUUCCAAAAGGAAAUGGAUCAAACAAUGGGACAGGCAGGAGAAUUUGACAUUGCUGAGUAUUACCGCCUUCAUCUAGCAGUAGAGAAAAUCAGAGUACCUGAAUUACUAUUUCAGCCUUCAAUGAUAGGAAUUGAGCAAGCCGGAAUUGCUGAGACCAUGGAUUUUGUUCUCAAGAAAUUUAAUGCUGACAUGCAAAACAAAUUAGCACAGAAUGUGUUCAUCACUGGAGGAAAUGCCAUGUUCAGUCAUUUUAAAGAGAGACUUGAGAGAGAGUUACUGGCCAUGAGACCUUUCCAGUCAACAUUUUAUGUUUCUUUAGCAAAAAACCCCAUUCUUGACGCUUGGUAUGGAGCCAGAAAGUUUGCAUUAUCUUCCUUGUUGAUGAAUGGCAGUAUUACAAAAGCAGAUUAUGAGGAAAAGGGCAGUGAAUACCUGAAAGAACAUUGUGCAUCCAAUAAAUAUUUUCAAAUGCCUCCAUCAAACAAAUGAAUCAAUAAACUUUGAAAGUAUUA